CCUACCAACAUACAUUUUAUAUCCUAAAUAGGAUCACUUUUACUAACUCCAUCAAUUCACCAUUCAAUUGAACUUGCAGAAGAAAAUGAUUCAACCUUUGUAUACUCUGGUGUUCUCAGAAGUGGCAAUAUUACUUUUGCUGCUUUUCAAGACGCCGCUGAGGAAUCCACUGGUGAUGCUGUUGGGAAGGUUCAAGCGAGGGAGAGGCCCUGUCAUUGCCAAAACCGCGGGCGGAACCUUAUUCAUGGUGCUCAUCUCCAUCUUCUACAAUAUGUCCCGGAUAAAGACUGACCAUCUUCUUCUUGCUAAUCACCUUCUCGAAGCAUCACUCUUAGGAUUUUCUCUAUUCCUAGCGAUGAUGAUAGACAGGAUUCACUAUUAUAUAAAAGAGCUACAGACGAUGAGGAAGGAUUUGGAGGCUGCAACCAAACAGAUCCACACUCGUAGCAGCAAAGAGAUUGACAAAACAGCCUCAAAAGAUGAUUAAUUACAUUAAUUAAUAAGCUAUCACCAAUGAAUAAAGCAUGAAACCUCUGUUUAUGGCUUGUUUUGUGUUAAGUUUGUAUCCUAAAUCAUCAACUGAUUAUAUUGUUUCUAUCUUAAUAACACAGAUUCUUCCGAUUUGCUCACAUUCA